UGGCGAGCAGGCGAGCUGUGCUCGAUAAAUAAUUGCUACUGAUCAUUCUCGAUCAGCUCACUCGUUCCUAAAAUGGAGCACCACUUCCUUGUCGUCACCUACGGUUACCAGAGCCACGUCAGCCCCGCCCUGAACUUAUCCCGCCGCCUCGCACAGGUCACCGGCGCCAGGAUCACCUUUUCAACCACCGUCGCCGGCCAUCAACGCAUGUUUCCAGCUUCCGCCGACCAAGAAGUUCAUGACGGGCCCAUCUCCUUCAUUCCCUUCUCUGACGGCCAGGACGACGGCCAGAGAAACAAGGAUAGGAAGGACUUCUUCGCCCGGACCAGAUCCGUCGGCUCCGACUCCCUCUCCGCCAUCCUCCGCUCCCUGGAUUCCCGCGGCCAGCCCGUCACUUGCGUCAUAUACGGGAUCCUCCUCUCCUGGGUCGCCGACGUUGCGCGCAAUCACGGUCUCCCAUCGGUCUACAAUUGGAUCCAGUCCGCCACCGUCUUCGCCCUCUGCUACCACUACUUCCACGGCUAUGACCGAUUCGUGAGCUCCCACGACGAUCCACAGGUUCCGGUGACCUUUCCCGGGCUGCUGCCGCUCAGGAUCCGCGACCUCCCCACCUUCCUCACCAUCACCGAUAUGGAACACCCGAUGGCAUUGAUCCGGAAAUUGUUCAAGGAGGACUUCGACGUGCUGGAUCGAGAGGCGUCCACGGCGAGAGUGCUGGCGAACACGUUCGAGGAACUGGAAGCCGAUGCGCUCACAGUCGGAGGCCGGGAUCUGAAAUUGAUGGCGAUCGGUCCGGUUAUGAGCGUUAAUGGACCCAAUCUGUUCAAGCCGGACGAGCAGAGGUACAUGGAGUGGCUGGACUCAAAGGCCGAGGGGUCGGUGGUGUACGUGUCGUUCGGGAGCUUCGCUGCGCUCAAGAAGCGGCACGCGGAGGAGAUCGCCCGGGGCCUGCGGGCGACCGGGCGAUCGUAUCUGUGGGUGGUGCGGAAGGACAACGGAGAGGAGGUGGUAGGCGUGGCGAGGGAGGAAACGGCGGCGGAGGAGAAGGGAAUGGUGGUGGAGUGGUGCGCGCAGGUGCGGGUGCUGUCGCACGCGGCGGUGGGGUGCUUCGUGACGCACUGCGGGUGGAACUCGACGGCGGAGGGCCUGGCGUGCGGCGUGCCCAUGGUGGGCGUGCCGCAGUUAGCGGAUCAACUUACGAACGCGAAGCUGCUGGAGGUGUGGGGAACGGGAGUGAGGGCGGAGACGGACGCGGAGGGCAUGGCGGAGGCGGCGGAGUUGGGGAGGUGCGUGGAGAGUGUGAUGGGGGAAGGGGAGAAAGCGGCGGAGAUUAGGCGGAGGGCGGAGAUGUGGAAGGAUCGGGCGAGGGAGGCCGUGGCGGAAGGUGGGUCGUCGGAUCACAAUCUGAGGGCGUUCGUGGAGGAGAUGGCAGCAAGUUCGAGUCAACUGAUGUUGAAAUAAGAAUUAUCUGCUCCAUCUCUCUCUGAAAAAAAAAUAAUAAUUGAGAAUAUUUCUGUAUUUUCCAUGAAGCUGCUCAAUCUAACAUAUUUACGGAACCUGGAUAAAAAAAUCUACCCGUAUGCUAUGACGAGCUGUUUUAGCCAUAACGGGCUAGCUGAGACACAUAAGGUGGGUUGAUAUUCCAAGUUGACAAGGUGUAAAUUCUUGUAAUUCGUAUACACCUCACUCCAGUCGUUAUUUAUUUUUUUAGUCGCUAUGAUUUAUUUUUUUUAUGUUGAUCUUUAGGACGAACUGACUGAGAUCUUAGGAUGAAUAUAUUCAUUUUUUGCUA